AAAAUUUUGAGAUUCAGGUAAGUUCUGUCAAGUGUCACUUUGUCAGACUCAGUGAAGCCUACGAAAGUGUUUAAGUAAAUACUACGAUAAAACUAUGGCACUAUUAAGCUGUGGCAGAUUGGGCAGCAAGUCCGUGCUUGCGAGUUUAAAUAAGAUCCCAUCUGUAUUGGGUUCUGUCAACUACGCCCAAGCCGCAGCGGGAGUGCCAAAAAUCGUAUUCAAGCCGUACCAAGAGCCUAAAAUUGAGCAUCAUGAUGACAGAAACGCGCGUCUCAAGAGGCCGAUGUCUCCACAUCUUACCAUCUACUCCCCACAGCUGACCAGCAUGCUGUCAAUUACUCACAGAACUACAGGAAUGAUUCUGUCAGGAUACUUCAGUGCUCUGGGUAUUGGAGCGUUGGUUCUGCCACAUGACAUCUCACACUACAUUGCCAUAGUUGAAAACAUGAAUUUGUCACCAGCAACCAUAUUCCUAGCAAAGUUCUUGCUUGCUGCACCUGUGGGCUACCACUUUGCUAAUGGAAUCAGACAUUUGGUCUGGGACAUGGCUAAGGGUCUGACAAUCAAGGAGGUCUACUCCUCGGGAUAUGCUAUGCUUGGACUAACUGUAGCAAUCACGCUACUCUUAGCUGCAUUAUAAUCGAAUUCAGGACCUGAAUAAAAGUUGAAUAUUGUUGGGUAUUAUUUAUUUAUUGUCAGUUUAAGAGAUGUAAUAAAAUUAUUUGAAUCAGA